AUGAAGGAUCUUCCUGCAGAAAAUAUUUCAUUCACAGACUUCAAACUGAUUGGUUUCUACAGCCUAGGAGAAUGGAGACCUUUAUUAUUUGUCCCUUUCUCUCUGAUGUUUUUAUUAGCUAUCACAGCAAAUUCUAUGAUCAUAUAUUUAAUCACCUCUCAAAAGUCUCUGCAUUCUCCUAUGUAUGUACUAAUUGGUCUCAUGGCUGUUGUAGACCUAAUGUUGCCUAUAUUUUUUGUACCUAAUAUGCUUCUAAACUUUUUGUUUAAUUGGACUGGGAUAUCUCUAACUGGUUGCUUGAUACAAAUGUUUAGCCUUCAUUUUGUUGGAACAUUUCAAUCUACUUUGCUUUUGUGGAUGGCACUGGAUCGUUACUUUGCAAUUUGCAAACCUCUUUAUUAUCACAAAUACAUGGAAAUCCCUAACUUUGUCAAGUUUGUUGUUGUGCCAGUAAUCAGAAAUGUACUCCUGGUAGUCACCACAGUCUCUCUGGCAGGAAAACUGUCAUUUUGUGUAACAAAUAUCAUUGAUCAUUGUUUUUGUGAACACAUGGUAUUGGUUCAGUUAGCAUGUGGAGAUAUAACUAUUAAUAAUAUUGUAGGACUUUUGACUGUUUUCUUUAUCCCAACUGCAGAUUUUAUUCUUAUCAAUAUUUCUUACAUUGUGAUUUUCACCUCUGUGUUCAAGUCUGGCAAAACUAACAUGAAGGCCUUAAACACCUGCAUUACUCACUUCAUUGUUAUGUCAGUUACUUUGACCUUUGCCUUAAUUGCAUUUUUGUCAUACAGAAUAAGAAAUAAUUUUUCUCCUAGUGGUCGUGUAUUUGUGAGCACAAUGUAUUUACUUUUUCCAAGUUGUUUUAACCCAAUUAUUUAUGGAGUGAGAACAAAAGAAAUAAGACAAACAUUUAUAAAGUUCAUUAAAAAUUUUAAAGUCUUACCAUUGUAA